UCUCGCAAUUGUUGUUCAUCGAUCAACAAAUAUUUCAACAAAUUUUGACCAUACGUGUUUUUUUCUUUUUUCUCUUCUUCUUCACGAAAAACAAUUUACUUCCUAAGGAUCGAAUCAGAGAACUCGAUCGACUCGACGACAAAGAACGACGGAUCGUUUUACGCACGAUCGAAAUGCCCUGAAAAACUAACUUGGUCCGAAAGAAACGAAGACGAAGACUAUGUUUACAUCUGGACGACCUUGGAUGUACACAGGGUGAUUGUGAUCGAAUAAACAGGCUUCUCGAACGCGGGAAAAUAUUCCCACUGUUGGACGAUUAGCAGGAUUCUACAGUCGGUUCACGAGACAGUUGGUUGUGACAUUUAAGGAAAGGGUCAGACACGUGGCGCGCGUUUUUCGAAACUAUUCUCCGGACGUGUGUGUUCGUUCCCCUCGAUUCGAACGAAUUAAACGAACCGUAAAGUAUAAACGCAGGAAUUUUCGGCGCGACGACAAAAUAGCCCGUGCUCGGAUUAUCGUUCAUCGAUGGUGGGAAGAUCGAGGAGAGGAGGAAAGUGUUCUGGGACGCCUCGUGUGCAAGGACGAGAAUAACCGAGAAGCGAGGGAGAAUAAUCACAGAGAGAGAGAGAGGGAGGGAGAGGAUACGUGGUCAGGACAGGUAGCGAGGAUUCACGGUUCGGCUGUCAUCGAGUUCGACUCGAAAGACGCGAUCGAUGGCGGCAUACGAGCCACGCAGCCAUCGGUGUUGUCAUUUCUUCGCCAGGAGAGACUGAUAUUUGGCUCAUUCUCGACACGGGAUUGGGCUCGAGCAAUAGUACAACACCGCGAGAAGAGAUGUCUCUUCUACCGACGUUCCAACGUUGCUGGGUCUCCGACUGGUCCUGAGUCUAGUCGAUCUUCCUCGAAUCUUCGUCCACCGCCUCUUUCGAGUCUUCUUCUUCCUCUUGUUUUUCCUCUUCCUCUUCCUCUUCCGCCUCUUCCUCCCCCUCCUCCUCCUCCUCCUCCUCGUCCUCCUCCUCUUCUUCCGUUCGAGGAGAGAAAGGAAAAGGGGGACGGUCGGUCGAACGAGAAGACGGUGACGAGGAACCGGAAGACUGGAUCGAGUUCGAGGAAGAUGCACGACGAGACGACGACGACGAGCGGGACGACGAGCACGACGACGAGCACGACGCCCAGCGCGAGGACGAGAGACGUUCGGAUGUGAGGAGAAGGGAGAUAUCCGGAUUAUCAAGAUCUUGGGAUAAAGGCGGCGAGAAAUUGGCGGUGUAUCAUCGGCUGCGAGGCAAAGGCAGGCAUGGAGUCGUCAACGUGGUGCACGCGCAGGCUCGGCGGUAGCGUAGCGACGUCCGCGGAGCCGACGAUCGCCGUGACUCUCGCGAAACCUCGCACGACGACCUCCUCCCGUCUCUCGAGCGACGCUCGAUUCGCCAGCGAUCGUCCUUCCACCGCUGCGAUCCCCCAAAUCGACCCCUGCCCUUCCUCGCCACCCGCCGCCGUCACACCCGCGCAGCACCACGACCACGGACCCUUCCCGUCGCUCUGCGACCUCUGCGAGCGGCUUCGCGGCGGACGGAUCGUCCCGGAUCGACGGUCGCGCGAAAAGGAAACGGCGGAGGGGCGCCACGAUCGGAUGACGAGAUGCGGGCAGCGAUCGGUGCCGGAUCCUUCCUCCGCGAGGACCUCGGCGGACCCGCAGCGUCGGCCCGAGCCCGACGACCCCUCCUCGACCAGCUACGUGUCCAGCGUGGUGCGGUGGAGCUCGACGAGGGCGGCCAGAUCGUCCACCAGCCGCGAGCAGCAGACGUUAACCUGGACCAUUUUGUUCCUAUUCCUGGUACUCGUGUUCUCCGCUUCCGCGGACCUGCAAAAGCCAACGUCCAGAGAACGUUCCUCCAAAGAAGAGGGAGUGUGCCAAAGCAUAGACAUAAGAAACACCGUGCGUCAGUUCUCAAGACUGAAGGGAUGCCGACUAGUCGAAGGAUUCGUACAAAUUUUGCUGAUCGACAACGCCGAGCCAUCCGAGUACACCAACAUCUCUUUCCCGGAGCUGAGAGAGAUCACCGGUUACCUGCUUCUCUAUAGGGUAAAAGGGUUGCGCAGCAUCGGUCGCCUGUUCCCCAACCUGACCGUGAUUCGUGGCCACUCGCUGUUCAUCAACUACGCCCUCGUUGCCUUCGAGAUGAUGAACCUGCAGGAGAUCGGGCUGCACAGCUUAACGACCAUCGUGAGGGGCUCCGUCCGUUUCGAGAAGAACCCCGCGCUCUGCUACGUGGACACGAUCGACUGGGACCUGAUCGCCAAGGCUGGCAAAGGGGAGCACGUGAUCGCGGGGAACAAUCCAAAAAACGGGUGCCCGGUGUGCGAGAAGCACUGUCCGCAAAGACUGACCAAGCAGGAUGAAUACCUCUGUUGGAACCAGCAACACUGCCAACGAAUCUGCGACAGGAAGUGCGAGAACAACGCGUGCGACGAGGCUGGGAACUGCUGCCACUCGUCGUGUCUGGGCACGUGCAGCGGGCCGACGAAUCGCGACUGCACGGUAUGCAAGGACGUGGUGACGGGCGAGUCCGAGUGCAGGGAACGGUGCCCGAACGGGAGCCUGGAAUUCAUGAAUCACCGGUGCAUCGACGAGGAGAGGUGCCUGCGGAUGGAGAAGCCGAAGGAGGUGUUGAAGAACGUGAAGAACUUCCCCUACAAGCCUUUCAACGGGAGCUGCGUGAUGGAGUGCCCGCCCGGUUACAUGGACGACGAGUGGAACGGGAGGGUCUCGUGCAAGAAGUGCGAGGGCUCGUGCCAGAAGGAGUGCGCGGGCGCGAACGUGGACAGCAUCGCCUCGGCCCAGAAGCUGCGCGGCUGCACCCACAUAACCGGCAGCCUGGAGAUCCAGAUACGGGGCGGGAAGAACAUCGUGAAGGAGCUGGAGGACGGGCUGAGCACGAUAGAGGAGAUCGACGGCUACCUCAAGAUCGUGCGCAGCUUCCCCCUCAUAUCCCUCAACUUCCUCAAGAACCUGCGGGUGAUACGGGGCAACGACAUCGACAACUCCAAGUACACCCUGCUCGUGAUGGACAACCAGAACCUGCAGGAGUUGUGGGACUGGAGCCUGCACAAGGAGAUGAGGAUACUGUCGAAGGACGGGCCGGGCAAGAUAUUCUUCCACCUGAACCCGAAGCUGUGCCUGUACAAGAUCGAGAUGCUGCGGGAGAAGGCGGGCCUGGGCCCGUUCACGGACUACGAGGUGGCGCCGAACAGCAACGGGGACAAGGUGGCGUGCAACGUGACCGAGUUGAAGACGAGGGUGGGGAAGAAGUCGCCGUGGGGGGCGGUGAUCGAGUGGGAGCCGUUCGUCCACCACGACGCGAGGUCCCUGCUCGGCUACGUGGUCUACUUCAUCGAGGCGCCCAACAGGAACGUGACCAUGUACGACGGCAGGGACGCGUGCGGGGGCGACGGCUGGAAGGUGGACGACGUUUCCGCGAGCACCAACUCGACCCUGAUGGACAGCAGGCAGGAGAAGAGCGUGCACACCCACUACCUGUCCCAGCUGAAGCCGUACACCCAGUACGCCUAUUACGUCAAGACUUACACGAUCGCGACCGAGAGAUCCGGGGCGCAGAGCAAUCUCACGUACUUCAGAACCAUGCCCGAGGCGCCCAGCUCGCCGAGAUCCCUCAUCACGUGGAGCAACUCGAGCAGCGAGUUGAUCAUGUCCUGGCUACCGCCCCUCCACAACAACGGAAACCUCACCCACUAUCGCAUCGUGGGCAGGUGGGAGCCGGACGAUCCCAAUUUCAUCGACCAGCGAAACUAUUGCGAGGAACCCAUGAUGCUGUCCGACAAGAAGCCGAUCACGCUCGCCGAGGAGGAGAGGAAACGGAUGGAGGAGGAGAAGGAGCAGAUGGUGCCCGAAACGGGGACCUGCGAGUGCGCCGAUCGGGAGACCGAUCAAUCUCUGAGGGAGAAGGAGGCGUCGAGCGCGAUCGACUUCGAGGACGCGUUGCACAACCAAGUGUACGUGAAGCGCAAGCCGAGGAGGAAACGGGACGUCUCGGAUAUAUUGUUCAGGAAGACCAAGUCGUUGGAUCAGGUAAUACCCAUCUCUCUCUCUCUCUCUCCUUCGCUUUUCUCCUCUCGCUCUCGUCGCGUAAUUGUCUGUCGCGUGUACCGGCAGCCCGUGAUGAACAAGAAGGUGAACGGGACGUACGUAAUAUUCGAGGAGAACGUGGCCAGCACGAAUCGUUCCUUCGUGAUGAAAGAUCUCCGCCACUUCGCCGCGUACAACAUCGAGGUGCAGGCGUGCAGGGCCCAGGAGAUGAACGACACUUACAAGAAAUGCUCGACCAAGAGCAUGAGGACGUAUCGCACGCUGCCGUUGGAGAGCGCCGACAACAUUCCCCCGAAUACCUUCAAGAUGAGCAUAUCCGGCGAGAACAACAGUCUCACCAUGGUCACGCUUCAAUGGGACGAGCCACCGCAGCCCAACGGUCUGAUCAUCACCUAUCAGAUCGAGUACAAGAGGGUCGACAUACAGAACUACAAACCGACGGUGGUGUGCAUCACGAGGCGGGACUUCACCAAGGCUGGCAACUCGUACGUCCUCAAGGAGCUUCCCGCGGGCAACUACUCCGUGAAAGUUCGAGCGACAAGCCUGGCGGGGAACGGGGCGUACACCCACGUGAAGUACUUCUACAUCGAGGAACGGAACACUAUGAACACGUUCUGGAUAGUGUUCUGGCUGCUGUUCUGCGCGGUCCUCGCCAUUUUCAGCUUGGCCGCCUUCUACGCGUGCAAACGGAAAUUUUUGAGGAACGUGCCCAACGUGACGCUGAUCGCAACCGUGAAUCCCGAGUACGUGAGCACGCCGUACGUGCUGGACGAGUGGGAGGUGCCCAGGGAGAAGAUCGAGAUGCUGAGGUCGCUGGGGACCGGCACGUUCGGCAUGGUGUACGAGGGAAUCGCGAAAGACAUCGUGAAGGGGAAGUCGGAGGUUCGUUGCGCCGUGAAGACGGUGAACAAGGACGCGACCGAUCGAGAGCGAAUCGAGUUCCUCAACGAGGCGUCCGUGAUGAAAGGUUUCGACGCUCAUCACGUGGUGAAGCUUCUCGGCGUGGUGACCCGCGGCCAGCCAACCUUGGUCAUCAUGGAGUUGAUGGUGAACGGGGACCUGAAGCGGUAUCUGAGGAGCCACAGGCCGUGCGAGAACAUGUCGAACGCGCCCCCCAAAUUGGACAGGAUACUGCAGAUGGCGAUCGAAAUCGCGGACGGGAUGGCCUAUCUGUCCACGAAGAAGUUCGUGCAUCGAGACUUGGCGGCCCGAAAUUGCAUGGUGGCCGAGGAUUUGACGGUGAAGGUGGGCGACUUUGGAAUGACCAGGGACAUCUACGAGAGGGAUUAUUACAGGAAGGGGAGCAAGGGUUUGUUGCCGGUCAGGUGGAUGGCGCCCGAGAGCCUCAAGGACGGUGUGUUCAGCAGCUAUUCCGACGUGUGGAGUUACGGUGUCGUGCUCUGGGAAAUGGUCACCUUCGCGUCCCAGCCUUAUCAAGGCUUGUCGAACGAGCAGGUGCUGAGAUACGUGAUCGAGGGAGGUGUGAUGGAACGGCCGGAGAACUGCCCCGAGCUGUUGUACGAGUUGAUGAAGAGGACCUGGAGGCACAAGGCGACGAGGAGGCCCACGUUCAUGGACAUAGCGAGCAUGUUGCUGAAGCACAUCGAUUCGGACAGUUUUCAAGAGGUUAGCUUCUAUCACAGCCCGGAGGGAGUGGAGGCGAGGAAUCAGAACAGGUCCAACUCGCCCCAGACGAAUCAGCACCUGGAACUGGCCACCCUGCAGGACCUGCAGGAAGAGGAGGCGGAAGGGGAGGAGGACUCGCCGCUACGGCAGGACUUCGGCGACUUUGCCAGCUUCGAGCCGGCCAGCAUCAAGAACAGCUUCGGCUCCCGGUUCAGGAUGGACUCGUACGGCGAGAACUCCAAGACGACCCCCAACUGCCACGACAUGAACUCGUCCAACGUCCCGCUGAAGGCCGGCUUCGACGACUUCGACGGGGUCUCCGCGGAUUCGAUCGCCUCGGUCGCCAAGGACGCGCUCAACCUUCCGUUCGUCGAGGAGAGCCUCAAGUCCGUGAAGAGCUCGCCGUUCAUAAACGCGUCCCGCGGCAACCUGAGCCAACUGUCGACGAGCAACAGAUCCGCGACCAGCCCCAAGAAUCCCAGCGGGAAGAGAAGUUUCCUCGGCAGCCCGAACUCGUCCAAGAUCGCCGCGAACCCGGAUUACGAGAACGGUAGCCCGGAGAUCUUGUCGGCGGCCGAGAAGAGGGAGACGGUGCCGCUUCGCCUCGACUUCCCGUCCAUCGACGCGAUCGACAUCGACAACGGGAUGGAGAAGAAGGAGGCGUUGUCGCCCGUCGAAUACGUGAACAAACCCGAGACGUUGAACAACGGGUACAUAGGUGGCACGGCCACGUAGUGUUAACCCCCGAGACAACGCCGCGACGUCGAGGGUGCGUUUCUUUUUAUCGCAUCGAACCGAUCGAACGAGGAAGCCGCGCGGUGUUUCGAUCGGUGUUUGAACGUUUGAGCGAGCGGAGAAGCGAGCGGGUACCAAUUGUCAUGUUCCAAGUCUGACACCACUCAGCUGGAUAUAUAUGUAUAUGCAUCUAUGUAUGUAUAUAUAUAUAUAUAUAUGUACGUAUAUACACAUGGUGGAUAAUAUCGCGUGGAACGGAAGGAACAACGAAUAAAAAAAAAAAAAGGGGGCAGUGUCUGUAGGACACGACCGAGUUAGAGGUUCAAACGUUCAAACGUUCGCACGAAAGUAAUUGGGAAAUUGGAAAAUUCGCGAGUGAUGAUAUUUCGAAUCGUUCGAGGCGGUGUAUCCCCUCCCCUCCCCUCCUCGUCUUGUCACAGACGUUUACGAAAAUUUUUUUUUUUCCUUUUUUUUUUUCGUAACAAAAUCGUGAACGUCUCACGAUUUCGUCUCUCUAACUAUCCUAUAUUAUUAUUAUUAUUAUUACUAUUACUAUUAUUAUUAUUAUUAAUAUUAUUAUUAUUAUUACUAUUACUAUUAUUAUUAUUAUUAUUAUUAUCAUUAUUAUUAUCAUUAUUAUUAGUAAAGUAAGAUAUAUCGGUUUUUUAUUGUCGCGCGCGCAUCUGCUUGUUAACAGCAGACACUGCCUUCUCACCUGUGAAAGAAAAAGGCGCGUCGAAACGCGUGGAAACGUGGAAUUUCGGCCGUGUAUUUCCAAUCCAAUCUCCCGAAGAAAAGCGACGAUGAACGAAGGAGUUAACGUCGCUUCAACCGGCCUCAUCCUUUGUCAAAGAUAUUCGCGUUCUGUGCAUAAGUACAUGUAUAAGUACACACACAUACACAUACAUAUAUAUAUAUUAUACGCGCCUGUGUAUAUAUAUUUGAUUAGCGCGCUUUUCUUCGUUCGAAUUAAUCGUGCGUAAUUAAGGAUGAAGGGAAACAUCGGCUCCCUUUCCGCGUUAUAUAUAUAUACGAAUCAAAGUGGCAACUGGGUCGAGUCAGUUAACUCGGCGAUUUUAUAUUUUAUGUAGAGAGAGAGAGAGAGAGAGAGAGAAAAUAUGGAAGGAACUGGCCUUCCAAUUGCCACUUUGCGACCACGACACUAGGCUUUUUUUUCGAAUGCCAUCGUUAGGUUAGGUCGUUGGACGAUCGGUCGAGGAAGGAAUAUACGUCUCGUUUAUUCGAUUUGGAAAAUUGUGGAUACGAUUGAUUGCAACGUACGUUUCGUCCUCGACGGAUCGACCCCUCCCCCUCUCAAAAAGAACUGUCGGCGCGAGAAGCCAGAGUUUCAGUUUUCCCACUCGUCGUCGUCAUUCGUCGAAUUUCGGGGGACGAAAGUUUUUCGAGGAUUUUCACGCGGCGGGAAUCCUCUCGAAAUCGUGCAAUAGAAGAAUCCACGUUCAUCCGCGUAUGCGUCCGCUUCGUGCUCCCUCGAUCAUUGGUGCUAACGCGAGCGUGUCGGAAAAAGAAAUCACUCGGAGAGAGUUUCUCGCGCCGGCAAAGGGUCAAGAGAGAUAAGGAUCGAGCGGAAAUUCGUUCGGGAGCACGAAAUCCCCCCCUCCUCCUCCCGUGCUUUCGAGAGUGCAGACGAGAGAAACGUAGACUGUUUAGCAGCUCUGUGUAUGCGUGCGCGCGUGUACGUGUGUUUAUGUUUACGCGAGAGUGAAAAAGAUCGAUCGACGGACGAAGGAAAGGACGAUCGACCCCCUCCUCCCGCCCUUUUCCCCUUCCCCCGUGUGAAUCGUCGAAUAUACGUCGUCGGAGUUGGUUAACGUCGAGCGACACCGGAGAGAAAAGGAAAGAAAUCCAAUCGCGAGCAAAGCGACACGCAACUGAAAUAAUACAUAGAUGUUAAAAGAGCCUCUAACAUAAGACUGAUUAGCUAAUCCCUUUUAUUAUAUAUAUAUAUAUAUAUAUAUAUGUAUGUAUGUAUGUAUGUAUGUAUGUAUAUAUAUAUAUAUAUGUAUAUAUAUCCGUAUUUCGCCGAUUAAGUUUAACAUUAUCGAGUCGAAAAUGGUAGAAGUUCCAUACAUACAUACAUACAUACAUACACACGCAUGUAUAUAGACAUACACAUAUAUCCUCAUCUCCGUAAAACUUGUCCUCCUUCUUUUAGUCUUAUCUCCCCUCCCCAGCCCCGUCCAUCCAUCACCAGACGCAUCGUCCUUCUCGAAACUACUCGAAACUAUCGCUCGUACUUCUGUGUUCCUUUCUCGCGUCCUUCGCGCAGGUAGUUGCAAUCGAGCGGGCAGUGUUUCCGGGGAGACGCGAAGGCGGAAAAUCGAAUUCCGUGGGAUUCUGGAAAUUGCGCAGGUAUUCGAGAAAGAAAGAAAGAAAGGUGGAAUGCGUUUUACGACGUUCGCGUCUAGGAAAGAAAAAGGGAGAAGAACGUGGAAUUCGAUCGAUCGACGUUGAAUCGGCGCGCGCCGUUUCCACUCGGUCACUCUCGCGGAACGGAUGUUUCCGCGUUCGCGGCCGAAACGCACCGCCACACACACACACACACACACACACACUCGCCGGCCAGAAGCUAACUGGUGUAACGAGAUUCGCGAGCACUAGUGACCUAAUACCAAGUACCUAUACUACCUAUACGUAACGCUUUACGCAUUAUCCGUGCGUGCCGAAGCAACGAGGAAAGCGCGCGGGUCCCGCUCGAUCGAGUCGAUUCUUUCUUCGCGCCCUCCUCUUUCUCUCGCCGACGUGGCGAGUGGCAACAAGUUGUACGCGCGUCGAGAACGAUCGUGAUCGGAAAUCGGUCGACCGGUCGAGGACGCUGCGUUGCGCGAGCUUUUCUCGAAAAAACCUUGACCCCCUUUUUCGGUUUUCGGACUGCUCCCUUGGAACGAGCGGAGACCCGCGGGACGGAAUAGCCCCUACUCGUUCGUCUCGUUGAAAAGAAAAGAGGAAGAACGGGGACACGCGCGGCUCGGCUCGCCGCACAGUGGAUCGACGCUUCGCGUUUUCGUCGAUCGUUUCUACGUGUACGUUGAACGAUAAUGAAGCCUCGCUCGUAUUUUCUAAAAAAAAAAAAGUAUUUAGUGUGUAACUAAACGGAUAAACAGUUUAACGCUUAGAUCGUAUGCGUGAACUGGCGCGCCUUCUUUCCCUUGGCGCGUCACCGAUCUGCAGCAUACGGCAUCGUAAGAUUAACCGGGAAUGUUUCCUACCUAAGUGACGAGUUCUCUCUAAUAUCGUGCAAAAGUGGCUCGUGGCUCUAAAAAAAAAAAGAAAAAAAAAGAAAUUUCUUAGGCCUAUAUAUAUAUAUAUAAAACUAUAUAUAUAUAUAAAUAUAUAUAUAUAUAUAUAGUUUCGAAACCGUGUAAUAUAUAAAUAUGUAUAUUAAGAAGGAAUAUUAAGAAUCUGGUAUCGCAGAUUACGAGAAUGAGUGGAAUACGAGAGCGAUUAUUACGUGUUGUGUGUACGUAUUCGAAGAAUUAAUUAGAGUAUAAUCGCGCGCGCGUCGUGAGUUUGCGUGUACGAGUGUGAGUGCCUGCGAGAGAUGUCCGCCGAGAGCGUAGCUUUGCGUGUAGAGGCGCAAAAGCGCGAAAUCGAUGCUAGCGAUCGCAGCGGGAGACGGGAAUUUGAACGGGUGUUGAUGAGCUCGUCCGGCCUGCAUCGAUACGACCUGUGCGUGUGUGCGUCGUAUCGAUCGAUCCGACCGAGAGGCGGACCGAGCCUAACCCGAAGAGACGCGAUAAUUUUUUUUCUUCGUCACCGGCGCGAAAACAUUUAUUUUUGGGGGAAGAAAAUGUCCCAUAGAAAAAUCGCGCUCCGCGAAUUUGUUGUAGAGAAAGAAAAGAAAUCCACCAUCCGUUCCUUCGAGUUAUUCGAACGAACGAAGUGAAACGAGUCAUUCCUCGAUUCCUUCUCGGCGUAGAUCCAAUUUUCCAACGUUUCGUUUGUCGCGUCUAUUCCCUCGCCGCGAUGUAAUCAUCCUCUUUCUCCGGACGAAGAACACACGACGAAUCAUUGGCCAUUUUCUUUCUUUCUUUUUUUUUUUUUUUUUUUUUUAUAUACAUUUAUAUUGAAAAACGGAUCCACGAAUUAAUUUCGGAUUCGACGAUUCGACGAUGUUUCUUUCUCCCUCCUCCCUCUCUCUCUUUUCUCUCGUUUAUUCCACCAACGGUUGUAUUUGCUCCGAUCAACUUUUUGUAUACCUUGUAUUUUUUUCCCCCUCCUCCCCCUCUUUUCCUCCCCAUUUUUACAUAUCUCGCGGAGAACGCGAAUAAUGCGCGAAUAAUUUAAGUUAAACAGCACCAGAUGUCGAGGACUGCCCUUUUGUUCCUACUAUUCCGUGUCCUUUCUUCUUCUAUUUUUUUUUUUUUUUUAUUCCUAACUAUGCAAUUUACGAUUAGUCAUAUACAUAACACGAGUAACCUAAGAUUUUUUUUUUUUUCUUACGAUAUUUUACGUUUAGAUUUUAGGUAAGACACGUAACACGUUCGAUAGACGUGGAUUUCGACAACUUUCUUCCGGUUUACCUUCGAGUAUCACGUACCCUUUUUUUCUUUUUUCUUUUUUCUUUUUUUUUUUAAAGAUCGCUUCUCUCUCUCUCUCUCUCUCUCUCUCUCUCUCUCUCUCGUCUCCUACGUUACCUUAUUUUUCGCGUUCGUUCGCGUACGAAAACUGCCUCUUAGCUCUGUCCAAAAGACAAUGUUUCCUUGCACACACACAUACACACACACACACACACACACACACACAUACACACACACACACACACACAUGCACGAGACUGCUCAAUAAGACUAGAUUGCUCAAGUUCCGUGUCUGUUCCGUGUAGUUAGCGCGAAAUCAAUCAGGGAAACAUGGACGCAAGUUCUCUCGCGUUGCACUCGCGAUGCACAAAAGAAAAGAAAAGAAAAGAAAAGAAAAAGGAGAAAGUAGAAAAAGAAAAAAACGAUUUUUCAAAGUCUCCCACGGUAACUCAUCUUCCUCGUAUAUUUCCCUUUUCCUAUUUUCACCUUUCUCUCCGCUCCGUUGUUUUCUAUCUCUUCCCUUUCCACAGAUCAGCACCUCUCACAAACUUUUACGUAUAUAUGUACAUACACACACACACACACACACAUAUAUAUAAUUCUACCUACAUACCUACGCGCUCUCCUAGACGAGAAACUAAGAAAAAGAAGAAGAAAAUCACUUUGACCGACUUCCUGAGGAGAAACGACUAAUUUUUUUAUACAAGGAUCGAUUGUAAGCGAAGUUUUUUUCUACGCUGAACACGUAUUUUGCAUAAGAACAAGAAGAAAAAAGAAGAAGAAGAAAAUAAAAAGAGUCGAGAAGAUAUUUUAAAAUAUCACGUAAUUGUUAAUCCGACUGUUAGAAUUACCGUGUAUAAUUAUAUAUGUAUAUAUAUAUUAAUAUAUAUAUACAUAUAUAUAUAUAUAUAUUAAGUAUUGUUACGUCAAGCCCACGAGAGGAAGGAAAAGGAAAAAAAAAAAAAAGAAAAAAAAGGAAACUCGAUCGACAAUGGAAACGCAAGCAAAGUUUCGUUCAGACUCUCCUUUCACACCCCUCCUCCUCCACCCCGUUGAUCGAACGAGCACGACCUCGUCGAACGAUCCUCAAUGUGUUGCGGGAUCGAUGCUCUCGGUUCGACGAUCGUGCGACUCGUUCGAUCCUUCGAUCUUCGCGUCAGACGACGGGUGAACGUUUUUUUUUUUCCUAUUAUUUAUUUUUUUUGUACAUAUACAUUAUUGUCGUAUUUAUUUGUCAAUAAAGAGCUUGCGACACGCGACACGAUUUUUAAGGAUGCUUUCAUGAUCAUCGGCCUCUUUUACCCGUUCGAACGCCGUUACCCCGUUCGUAUUCGAUUGUGCCUUUCUUCUUUUUUUUCCACAUUUUUUUCACGCAAAUCGAAUACGACGGUGUAUCAUCUCCGAUGAUAAUGUAUCGCUCGAUCGUUCCUAUCAUUGUUGUAUCUCCUAUCGUUAAUCUUUCGAGAAAUCGGUGUAAGAUAGAAAAUGAUAAAAGACUAUGAAAUCAAGGAAAAAGAAAGAAAAGAAAAGAGAAAAAUGGAUCGAUGCCUACGGUCACGAUGGAAAUCGUAAUCGGAGAAAAAUAAUCGUUAGUAAUCUCUUACAAAUACAAGGUUCUUUCUUUCUUUCUUUUUCUUUUUUUUUCUUUUUUUCUUUUUUAACCUUUAUCGGCGAGAAUCGAAUCGAAAGAGUGACGAAAUCGCGUUACGGAUCGUAAUCGAAGAAAGAUAAUCAUUGUAAUCUCUCGGAAAAUGGAACGGCGCAAGGUCGUCCUUCGAGGUCGCCUUUUCUCUUUAACGUUUAUCGAGUCGAGAGAGAGAGAGAGAGCGACGAAAUUACGAAUCGUACGCGGCAAUCGGCACGCACGCCGCGGGCAUCGAUUGUAAUUAUAUCGGGGCAACGGCGACGUAGUACGACGCCAUUAUUUUCAACCCAGCCAGUCAUGGCCUACUCACCGAGAAAAUUCCUUUUUCGGGGCGGCGUGAAGACGUACAAUUGAGCACCGUUGAAUUACGAUCACGAGACACGUGAGGUACGCGCCUCGUUUCGCAAUCUCGUCGAUUUUGCGCCGUUGCCAGACGUUGCCUCUUCGUCUCUUCCCUCCCCAUUUUUGGUAACGCCAUAUCAAAAAAUAUGAUGCGCGAAUAUACGCGUCUAUAUUCGAAACCGUCAAGAGUCGUUUGUAUUUCGGCUACUUUUUUCGCGAAUAUCUUUUCUCUCUCUCUCUCUCUCUCUCUCAUAGUCGAAACCGCAACGACGCGCUUUCGCUAUCGUUCUCGCUGCGACGAAAAGAAAGUGCUGUAACCCCGUCCCCGUUAAGAGGAUCACCCUGUGCGCACCCGACGGUGCUCGAUGAAUCCGAAUCACGUGUCCGGGGAAACGAAAACGCACGAUGAUCGUUUCCUUCCGGCGAGUCGAGACGGGGAGGGGGAGGAAAAAGAAAAGAAAAGAAAAGAAAAAAAAACGGAAAAAGAAGAAAGAAGAAAAAAAAGGAAGAAAUGUUACUAAUCGUAAAUAAUUGUAAUUGUAACGCUCGACGUUGUAAGAAAAAAAAAAAAAAAAGAAAGAAACGGAGACGGCAAACGGAAGCUUCCCCCGUUCGUCGAUAGCACGCUGCUGCCAGCGAUCGAUCUAUUCCGCUCGCAAUCCCCCUCGCCUCGUACCCCCGUUUUAACCGUAAUUCACUACUACUACUACCGUAAUUAUACGCUGUACGCAAAAGGAAAAGAAGAAAAGGCAAAAAAAAAGAAAAAAAAAAAAAGAAAAAACGGAGACAGAAUUUUAUUUACCAAAUACGAGUUUUUUAAUAAAACACUUUUUUGCGAAAGAAA